UCAAAGCGUCGACCAAAAAAAAAGAAGGAAAGAAGAAGAUAAUUGAUGUACUGUAUACACAACUACCAUCAACAGUUACAAAGAAAUUAUUAAGCAGCAGCCAUUGCUAUCAUCUCUCCCCGUCGUCAUCUUCAUCCAUUUCUCUCUCCCUCUCUCACUCUCUCCACUAAAUGCAGCUACCUCUUUCUCUUAUCCCUCUUUAGCUCCCAUUUUCUCAUGAACUUUCUCGCUGCUACUCCCACCAAUCGUCUUGUCGAGCUGAAACAGUACGGUGGUGUUUUCUUUAGUAACAGCUAUGACUUUGGGAGGUUGGGGUCAGAGACUCAUCCAACCAGCUUCUUCUGAAUCCGAAGACUCUGCUUUGGACUUAGAGAGGAACCAUCACUGUAAUCACAUGAGUUUCCCAUCAUCUUCAAGCCCUUCUCCUCUCCACUCAUUCACACUCAACAUCCAGCACGCAGAGAGCAAUGCCCCUUACUUCUCCUGGCCUACUCUCACCCGCCUCAACGACGCCGUACAAGACCGAGCUAACUACUUUGGUAAUCUCCAGAAAGAAGUUUUGCCUGAAAUUGUUGGGAGGUUGCCUUCAGGACAACAAGCCACCACCUUGCUUGAGCUCAUGACCAUCAGAGCGUUUCAUAGUAAGAUCCUGCGCCGGUUUAGCCUCGGUACAGCGGUUGGGUUCCGGAUCACACGUGGUGUGUUAACGAAUACUCCAGCGAUUCUUGUCUUUGUUGCUAGGAAAGUUAAUAGGCAAUGGCUGAAUCCAAUGCAGUGCCUUCCUUCUGCUCUUGAGGGUCCUGGAGGGGUAUGGUGUGAUGUAGAUGUUGUGGAGUUUCAAUAUUACGGUGCACCUGCUGCUACACCAAAGGAACAGGUUUAUAAUGAACUUGUAGAUGGCUUGAGAGGAAGUGAUCCCUGCAUUGGCUCUGGUUCUCAGGUUGCAAGCCAAGAAACGUACGGAACCUUGGGGGCUAUUGUUAAAAGCAAAACCGGUAACCAUCAGGUUGGUUUCCUUACUAAACGACACGUCGCAGUUGAUUUGGACUAUCCAAACCAGAAAAUGUUUCAUCCUUUACCUCCAAGCCUUGGACCGGGCGUCUACCUCGGUGCAGUCGAGAGAGCAACAUCUUUCAUCACAGAUGACCAGUGGUACGGCAUAUUCGCUGGCACAAAUCCAGAAACAUUCGUGAGAGCAGAUGGUGCAUUCAUUCCAUUUGCAGAAGAUUUUGAUACGAGCAAUGUAACCACGGUGAUAAAAGGCAUAGGUGAGAUAGGCAACGUCCAAGCCAUAGACUUGCAAUCCCCUAUUGAUAGCCUUAUUGGGAAACAAGUUGUGAAAGUUGGAAGAAGCUCUGGAUACACCACUGGAACCGUAAUGGCUUAUGCAUUGGAAUACAAUGACGAGAAAGGGAUAUGCUUCCUCACGGACUUUCUGGUCAUCGGUGAAAACCAGCAAACGUUUGACCUUGAAGGUGACAGUGGAAGCCUUAUACUCUUAACGAGUCCGAACGGUCAGAAGCCACGACCGGUUGGGAUCAUUUGGGGAGGGACAGCUAACAGAGGGAGACUUAAACUAAUAGCUGGUCGAGAGCCAGAGAACUGGACAAGUGGAGUUGAUCUUGGUCGGCUUUUGGAUCUCUUGGAGCUUGAUCUCAUCACCUCUAACCAUGAGCUUGAAGCAGCUGCUGGAGAACAGAGAAACCCUUCUCUUACAGCUAUUGAUUCAACCAUUAGCCAGUCAUCACCACCCGACCCGGUUCCAUCAGGAGACAAACAAGAUGAAAACUUUGAGCCGUUUAUCCCGCCUGAGUUUCAUAUAGAAGAAGCUAUCAAACCAACACCUGAAGUAGAGGAGCAUCUCUUCAUUACCCCUUUGUUGUUUAACGAAUCUGCUUCUUCUGGUAGUAAAGCGCAAGAGAAACAUGAAGUUAAUGAUCUUGUCGCUUUGAAGAACAGUUCCAAUGAAGAGGAUAGCGUAUCGUUGCAUCUAGGUGAGCCGAAACUAAAGAAACCAAAGUUUUAUAUUAGCUGAAGCCGAGCAACGUGGAAUAGUACUCUGAGGAAGUAAAGCCAAAUUAUUAUGUUGUAACUGUGCAUAUGUAGUAUUAUUAUUCUUUGUGGACGGUAAUAACAUUUCCUAGACACGUAUCGAGAUUGUAGCAAGAUUGCAUAAGCUUUAUGUUGUAUGAAAUUCAAAGGUAAUUAUACCAUUACCCAAA